UGAGGAUGCAUCAUACUUUGAUUUCAAAGGUGCUUCAAAGAGCUUUCCUUCCCUCAGCUCUUGCCACCUCUGUGACCUGAUGGCUACAGAUACUUACCUUGGGAUCAGUAUCUUCAGAGCAAACUUAGAAAACAAAUUUCUUCUUCCCAGUCAUCACUUACAGUAAACCUGGGUUCAGGGGAAGAUUUCAUCGGUGCUGUGCACUGUAAAAGGCCCAGUAAGUGCUUGAAGACCAUUAUCUCAACCUGGGAACCUGUUGCAGAGUUUCCAAAAUAGAAAUGUCUCAGACUUCAUCCCUAUUUUAUUUUGUUGAAUAACCUUGAAAGAAGCCUCUUUUUAGAAUUGAAGCAAUCCAUUAGUUUCUGUUGUUACUCCUGAUUAAGAUUUAUGCUCAAAUGUGCUGUUUGGUUGAGCAGUUGGUUGCCCAUGUGCUCUCUUCUAUUCCUAAGUGGUAGGAUGUUACAAUGAUGUGAAUCCAUUUAGUCUCUAUUUCUGCCUGUUCUCCCACACCCCCUGAAUACAAGGGUUUCUGUCCUUUAAGUCCCAGACAGCAGGUGGAUCUAAAAGUCUUCCUGCAUUACAGUACAUGCCAUAACGUGCCUGAACAGGAGGAAGGUCUGAAUUGGUCAUCCUUGAAUCACCCUAGAUAGUUCAGCUAGGCUUUGUGCUUGUCUGGCAACUUAAAAAAUACCACCCUAGAAUUAGUGGGGAAAUUAGACAUUUAAAUUAUCUCUUGGGCUGAUACUGUUUUAGUAAUAUUUGAUUUUGACAUCAAACUGUGGGGAGUGACUUUAUAGUAAUGGGGAAUAAGGAAUCAUGGCUUCAGUCACUAGGAAGUAUUUAAUUGAAUUGCUGGACUGAAAGGGAUGCCUGACUCUUGCUUUUUGAGCAUGAUAUUAUUUGAUCUGACAAGUAAGAAGUUGCAUAUGCACCAGUUCUGGGAUGGUUCACAAAGCACAGUGUGUGAAUUCCUGUCAUAUAUGUUUCACAAGAAUUUUUCUAUUCCCUUCUCUACUUACUAUCUGUCCUUCCUUGUGUGUCGUAGAAGUUUAAUCUCUGUCUCUCCUCUGUAAUUUCCGGAGCCUAUUUCCAUCUCCCCAGACUUUAACUCGGGCAGUGUACAUCAAAUAUCAUACUAAGCUCUGGUUACCUAGAUUUUGUCUCUGUUGGGUAAUCAGUGCUUCAGGCAAGUAGUAAAAAUCCUCGUAAGUUUUAAGGUUAUUGAGUGUAAGCUUUAGAGUGAAUUGUGUAUCGUAGAACUGAAAUAAAAGUAGGAACUGUUCAUCUCAACAUGUGUAUUUAUGCUCCUUUUUACAAUGUCACAAAGCAGAAGCACAGUGUAGUUAGUGGAGUCUGGUUCUCCUGGUGACUUCUAUGUUUAUAUCAUAAGCAGCCUGCUGAAAAGGGGACAGCUUGCUUCCAGGAGCUGAGCCUUUACAAGGACUACACUUUACAGCUUGCAGUUUAGGAGUAAAGUGUAAAUGUCACAUAUGAAGGGACAUAUCUCCCUACAGCAUAGACAGUGCAAGCAGUGCAAGAGGGAAGAAGCUGCUAUCUGAUUUGUCCAUUUGAAUUAUCAUUUGCAGUGGUCUUUCAGGGUCACAGAUGUACAAAGUUGCUGUGCCAGCCAGACUUGCCUUAGGGAAAAGGGAGUUCUCAAGAUGCUUAGAAAAUGGUUCUUUGUAUUAAUAAAGUGUUGUUUUGUUUUUAGUUUUGACUUGUUGACUUAAAGAAGUCAUGCAUGGAGGCAGUAGAUGUGCAUGUCUGAAACCAGAAGUCUAUAUAGAUGGAAAUCAGUUGGGUUUUGGUAUCCUGUGAUGAUAAUGAUUUCAGUAACUUUUCUGAAUGAGGAAGGACUUAUACCAGCCAUGCUCACCACCGUGUCUCAAUCUUGUUCCACAUCAGCCUCUCUUGGCAGAAUCACCUGUGAGAAGUGCUAAGGAAAGAUGAGUGAUUUUGAGUUCUUUUUUUCCUCAGUAGUGGUGAGAAUGGCUGUGCCAGGCUUUUUCUGCAAUCAGCAUUCCCAGCUUUUGCAUGGGAAGCCCUUUGGUUUUUAAUGUCUCCAAUUCUGUUUAGGUCAGCAUUGUCUUGUGGAGUCUUUAAUGAGCAGAUCCAGAGUAAGAUGUUUAGCUGGGUUGUGGUUAGUGUUUGUAUUCUUUGUGGUAAAUGUGAAUGAUUCUGCUCAGCCUAAUUUUCUUUCUUUAGGGCUAAGUUAAAUUAAAUUACCUUACUCUUGCUGUAGUUUAAUAGCAUCUCAAGGGCUGUGACUUUGCCUCAGCUGGUGUCUUAUAACUUGUUAAGCAGCAAUAAUUUGAUCAUGCAUCUGAGUCCUGAGGCAAAUUCAUCCUUCGUUUUCACUUGACAGACUGCCCUUAAACCAGAGGGAAUCUGCUUGCUUGUAAAUGUUUAUUCAGAGCUUCCACCACCUCUUACCAAGUUUUGAACUUGAUUAAAACUAAGAGAUUAAGGUCAAAACAAGUCUGCCCUUAGUCCCUUUGUUUAGUUCUUCUUGUGGGUGAGAUGGUCUCCGAGUUAGAGUCAAGUGGUGCAGGAGAUACGGCAGAGAAACUGGUAGAGCUCAGUUUAGAUGAAUCAAGAUUUUACUGGUCUGACAAACACUUUUUUUUCAAUUUGAAUUUCCUAUUUGAUCCUGACAUAUUGUUAUUUGAUGCAGUAAGUGGCUUUAUGUGGUAAAACUGAUUUCUGUUGUUGUUCCUUCUUGGACAGACCAGCUGUGGAAGUCUUCUACCAUGAACUUAGGAUGUGGGAGGAAAACAGGAUGGUUACUGAAGAGGUUAAAUGGCCAGCUGUGAUCAGAAUCAAUUAUUAAGUCCAACUUUCAGUCAUGGCAGAUAUUUUUGGAUGGCUGGAUGACAGGCUUAAGUUUUACCUAGAUGCAGGGACCUGACGAUGGUUGAAAAAGGGUGCUGAGCCAUGGGGAGAAAGUGAACAGCAGCACUGACUGAGGCCAAAUAAAAAUGGGUUGGACAGGAAUAUCUUAGACUGAUUAGGACACAACUACUUGCAUUUUUAACUGCCCUUUUUUCUUUUAGAAGAGAAGGAGGGGAUAUUUGUGCUUAUUUUUUAAUAAAGUCUAAUAAUAGUAAUUAUUUUUAUCUGUGCUAUGACUGCAUUAUUUAUAUUGCACGCACUUUGAAAAAAAUGCUUUCUUCUUUGUAGUGCAUUAAAGUUCCCCUGCUUGCUCGGGGUUUCUUGUUACCUCUGAAAUACGAAUACCAAAUUUAGUAGGCUGAAGUAAUUAAUGACAAAAGGAAGGAAAGUUUCAGCAAUGUCUUCACUCUACCUUUUUGUCUGCUUUUCUCCCUCUGAGUAUGACUGCUCUGUUUGCUGUACCUGAUGAUGAUUCUUUAUGGGGAGGAAUGUGGAUGAAAGAGCAUAGAUCUCCCUUUUGUUUUAAAGUUGUUGGGGAGUGGAUGAAACAGGCUUCAGGAAAACGGAAGCCCUGCUGACUAUUAAUAUUUUAUAAAUUGUGACACAUUUUUGGUUUUAGUGCUUUUCUCCCAUGACUUUUUUUCCUUAAGCCCAUGGUUUUCUUACAUUGAGGCUUUGAAGGACAGGUGAAAAAGGCCCAAGAAACAGAUGUAUCUCAGGAAUUGGAGCUUUCCACCUGUAAAUCAGGCAUUCAGACUGUGCUUAUAUUUAUUUGAAGCUGUAUUAAAUAUCAGUCUGAAUUGUUUAUGUUAGCCAACCAUGUGGAAACCAUAUGCUGUACUGUAGGUAUAUGUCAAAUAGGCUACUAGUCGAUGUCCUAAAACCUCUCCAUGCUCACUUGAAACCAUACGGAAGAAAAUCUGAGAUAACAGCAAAUUUAAAAAAAAAUCCUGUGAAGUACAGCAUGAUUUUGGAUUCACCUCUAUCCCACAUCUAUAGAGCUGGAAGCAGAAUUUAGCCUAAUAUGAUGGUAAUUAAAUAAAGGAACUCCUAUACUCUGAUACAUCUUCUGGCAUUUGCUCUAAUUCUGGCUUUUCUGCACCACCUGCAGUCAGCUUCCUCAUGUGUACUUGGCCUUUGUUUCCAUUGUGUCAAAGAAGUGGAACUAAUCCUGUCUAGAUCAUACACAAAUCUGUGCAGAGUAGUAUUAUAAGUUAUUGGCAGUGAACAUGUAUUCUAAAAAUUACUGAACAAGCAUUUUUUCACUAAAAGUAAAACCUGUCUCAUAUUAUUUAUUAGUUUCUGCUUUUGCACCUUAAAAAAAACCCAAACAUUUUCAAUGCUACCUUCGGAGUCACUGGUCUUGAGUGAUCGUAAUAAAUACAGUAAGAUUUUUCUACAGUGAUCCUGAGAAAAGUGAAAUGCUAGCUUUUCAUUUACUGUGUUUAUUCUCUUUAAGCCACUGGGGAGAUAAAAACCAAAUGGGCUUGAUUGUCAGGAAACCAUUGCUUCCCUCUGCCAGUGUUAGCCAAAAUGAAUGUGAUGUGAGUGGGGAAUGGGUAUUUCUCCCCAACAUCAGCAUCAAGUCUGGUUCCCCAUCCCUUUCCUUUGCUGACAUCUGCAGUGGGUGCUCUGGAGAUCGCAGAGCCAGCUCUUUAACUUAGUAGCCAUUGUGGCAGGAGCUCAGAGGUAUCUCAGACCACUGUUUGGUAACCAUUUCUGGCUAUAGAGCAUAGCCUGGAUCAUAAAAUUCAACUUUGAAUUAUUCUUAAAUAAACAGAACUUGUCUGUACACUUUGCUUUUGUAUAUGUGUGUUUGCAGCCGGUAGUAAUAUGCAUCUUUAUAAAGAUGAAGCAUUUAUUUAUGGUAGAAAUUCCUGGUUAUCAUGCUGGUCAUGCCUGUUUUGCUAGUUGACAAUCUUUCUCAAAAGGCAUGUAGGCUGGGGAGUUGUUCUGUAGUUUUCCCUGUGGUUUUUCUUUUGUCUCAACCACCUUCAGUCUAAGACAUUCUUAUCUCAUGAUUAUUGUCCACUGAGCAUUUGACAGAUUUUAAAUGGUCAUCUAAUUAAAGUAUAUUAAUUAUGCAUCAGGUCAGGCAUUCUGGGUGGGAGUCACUGAUGUGUGAUGUGUGUAACACUGUGCAGUUUUUGCCAGUGCAGUACCCAUGUUCUUGCAUUAUCCUUUAACCAGACAGAUAGAAUGCCUUGGGACAGAAGGCUCCUGUUUUCUGUGGCUGUACAGGCUGUGGGCUGACAGCCUUGUUUUUUCCUUCAUUGUUCUGGGAUUACUGCACCUAUUUCGUUUCUUGGCUCAGAGGUGGCUGCUUGAAAAGUUUAGGAUCCCCCACCAUCUCACAGGAGGUGUUGAGCACCAUGUCCCUGUGAAUGAUUGUAAAUAAACAUAAAUGAAGGUACUCUGCAGCUUCCCCAGGUCCCUCCAGCACAGCUUACUGGCUUAACUUCACCGACCCAGCCAUCCUCUGAGAAUUAACCCAAAAGGAAACAAGGCUGCAGCUUGGCAUUUUCAUCUCCUUGUAGAUAUCUCUAGAGAGCUUACUUCUGCAGGACUCGUGUGCAUUAGCAGGCUUUGCAGGGUGUUCUGUGGUGGCUGGAGGUGGGAUCUGCAGCAUUUCUGGCCCCGCAGUGUGCUCUGUGUAACUGGAGGCAAUGAAAUGCCUUUGCCUUUUGUUUUUGUAACAGCACUUUGUCCUGAAAAUGUCAGGAUGCUCUUUCCUUCCAAAAACAACUCCGCGUGCUCCGUGUCACUGCUUUACACCUGGUGUUCUGUGUGUUGAGAAUGAGCAUCCCCUCAAGAAGUGAUAAAUGCUAACACUGGAAACAGCAAUUUCCUUGUGUUGACAAUGAUGGUGUUGGGGCAGUCAGCAUCGAGGUGAGCUGCACUGGUCAUAAUUGCCCGAGGAGGCAGAAGGAUCUGUGCAGGGAAUGCCAGCUGGGGAGUGCAGGCUGGAGAAGUGCCUCACCCUGUGAUGUCAUGGCAGCAGAUGGUGCAAAUAGCUGGAAAUCUGGACCUGGUUGUGGGGCUGGAGUCACCUGCCCUGUUUGCUCAUAGGGCUCCUGCCAUUACAGGUGAAAAACACUGUCCAUUGGAAGGCUUCAGAUUGUUGGUAUGCCUGGUAAUUAAGUUCGUAGGCUAUAGGCAGUCCAGGUAAGACAAAAUAUCACCUAUCGAUUCCACAGGUAUCUCCUUGUUCCUUCAGGUUUUGGCAAAUAAGCCCCAGGCUGCUGCCAGCAGGUGUCUCCCUGGGAGCUUGGUUUAAUCUUGCUUGCUGUUUUCCUGUAGUGCCAACCCUGGGAAAUACCGAGAACUCAGUUUCAGGUGUGGCUAAGCUUCAAGCCACCUGUAAGAACAACUAAAUUAAUAUUUUUUUCCUAAUAUGUUGAUUCUAAUAUGUGUUAUUUCUACUUUUUCCAAGCUGCUUGCAAAUGUCCUUUUUUUGAAUAUGCAUGGAGCAGUUUUGGAGAUAAUAUUGGGAAAAUAAGAGAACAUUUGUGUCACUACUUACAUCUCUAGUAGGAGGAAGAGAAAGGGAUCAGUACAAAAAACUGUUCAGGAGUGGAGCCUAAUCUAGGCUCUGGCAGUGCCCUGGAGCCUUCACACCCUUGAGAAUGUCCCUCAGCUCUGUGUCAGUUUAUUCACAUAUUAAAAAUAACAAAAGAUACUUCUUGCUCUUGUUGAAAGGCUCUGCCCUUUAGUUACAUUUAUAUAAUUUUUAAAGCGAAUACUGUGCAAAGCUGAUCACAGACCUGGCAAAGGAGGCUGUUGCCUGGGGUGCUGGAUGUAGUGUGGGUGAUCAGCAGCUGGGUGAUGCUGAUGCCCACUUUGCUGCCUGAAUCCUGACAUUGGCUUGCUGCAAACACAGGGAGUCCAGGCUGUUGCCGUAAGUUUUCCAUCAAAUGCAGAAAUGGAGGUGAGAGCAAGGAGGGGAAAGGUUCAUUGAUUGCUCUUUAACCUGACACAUCCCUGCUAUAUGUGCAUAUGGAAGUGGUGCCUGAGGGAGUUCCUGUGCCUCUGCAGAAUGGAAUUUUUCUGUCUUGUGAAUGAAGGCAGAAAAAUUCACUUUCUUUUAUAUAAUUAUUUGCAUAAAUAAUUAAACUUCAGUAAGGCUGAGGCAAAAUCUUAACAUUGCCACUGCAGUGCAGCACGGAGGAUUCAUAUUAAAGUGGGAAAUAGUGUGCUUUAUCUGCAGUUCGGGUAUGACAGGAUGCUGUGACAAGGCUCAUUCCUGUAGUUCUGUCAAAAGAUGUUUUCUGACUCUAAAGAUCUCCCUGAGCCAUCCUUCAUCAACAGCCUUUCUCAUUGAUUGCUAUCUCUAGGGCUCAGGGACCCACUUUGUCUCUUUCCUCUCUGAAGAUUAUGCUAAUGAGAGCACAGUGAGGAGGGAGCAAUAAGGUGGUGCAAUUUAAAGGGUAUUUUCAAGGGUCCACAACAAAACUGGGGCAGCGCUCCCAAGCACAGUCAGCAGGGAAAGCCACAGAAGCAACACCCUGGUGUGGAAACAGGCUCUGAAAUAGCUGGGGUGUUUGUGAAGGCGGGGGAGAUGUGUGGACAGCCGGGCAGGGAAUGCAGGGUGGGUGCUCCACAGGGCAUAAUGACCAACCUCUGGGAAACCACAGGGGUAAGUGCAGGGCAGGGAGAAGCUGCUUUUGCUCUUUCAAUUGAAACUUUAUGUAAAUACGUGGGCUUUUGGGGUUGGGUGUGUUUUUCCAAGGUAUGCACUGUGGAUUUCCUGGUGCUCUUGAGGUCUGGGGGAAGGCUGUGUGGCUGCUGGAAAAAGCACUGUGGGAAUAUUGUGUUUCCAAGGAUUACUUUGAGGAAAGUAAAUCCUUAUCUCUGUCUCUUCUUCACUUUGAUUUUUCCUUAUGUAUAUGUCUGUGUCUGUCUCUCAGUUACUUAAUUUUAAAAAAAUCAUUAUGAGUAAAGGCUGUGUCUGUACAGCUCCUCACACAUGGGUGUUUGAUUCUUGUUUAGGUGUCUGUAUGAACUGUAGUAAAGUAAUUGGUGAAACUUUACUACAGUUUCCUGGCUCUUAAUGAAUUUAUUUCAGUUUUUGAUGCUUUUGUGAAUUAUUUUGGUUGAGCUGGUGCUCAUUCACUCAGUAUCAUAGUUAUUAUGUUGUCUGCUAUUGAUAUUUAAUUUAAUAAAGCUGAUAGGAAUGUAACUUUUGUACCACCUCUUUUCUAAAUCUACUUAAAGCUAAUGGAAACUUUCAUGUGGCUGAAAACAGGCUAAGUGACAGUUUCACUAACUCUUAAAAACUCCCAUUUCCAGGCAUGUUAGUUUUACAAACACAAGUUUCUUAAAACUUUUGCUUGCUGUGCUCUUAGUUGUGCUAGUGCUCGUAGAUGCUAUUGGAGGGGGCAUGCUGUGACUUGCUGACGUGAUGGCAUUAAUACUGUCAACAUUAUGGUUAAAAAAGUUCUGCUUUGAAGUAAACAGGCUCAUUAAAUCCUUUUUUUUUGUCUCUUCAAAUCUUUAGAACUGUUGUUCUCAAUCAUGCCUGCAGCCAUCUGUCAUGGCUACAUCUUAAAUUGGAGUCAUCUGAUUUCAGGAUUGAAAAUUUUAAUGUCCCUCAGAAAAGUAACUUAAAUCAUCAUAAGUUGAAUGAUUUCAGAUCAGUCUUCUGCAGGAUAAUUUUUUUUGAAUUACCAGGCCAGUCCCUGAGAGCAGAUUUUGAAUGUUGCUGGGCUAUAGCUUAUUCUUGCAGAUUGAAGUUGGAAUUUACUUUCCAUGUGCUUAUUGUGUCUGCCUAGUCUGGUGUUGGAUGUGGUCAGGUCAAAGUGUACAACAGUGUCCUCACACCAGUUUGGUAAAGUUGAUUUUAUCAUAGUGGUAUGGGUUUAAUAAGUAUAGGGUUCCUCACUAACAGAAAUGUGCUUUUUUAAUGAUUUCUAUGCCUAAAUGUUCUGCUUACAGAGGGAUGGCAGGCAUGAAUACUCUGAAAUUGCUGCAGUUGGCUGCUUGGGUAUAAGCAAUGUGUAUUAGAACAACAGCCUAUAUAAUGCAAUGUAUUUGGAGCAGAAGACAAUUCCAGGUGCUACUUCUUUGAGGGUUUUUCUUUUCCUUUGCGAUAGGAAAGUUGAAGGCCUAUUAGAUUCAUUAGGUAGUGAUUAGACAGAAUGAGGCAGCAGCCAAGAUGAUGGCUUUCCUUGCUAAGGAGGGAAAACUGAAGCAUUUGGGAUUAAUGAAAAGCACAUGGUGUUUAAGAAUUAUUAAAGCAAAAAGCGUUUUGCACCUGCCUGGCCUGACAUUCUUGGCCUGGGUCUCUAAGCACCACCUUACCUGUGGCAGAUGGCAGCUGUGAUGUUUAUUGUAUUUAUUAUUCCAUAAAUACCUUGACUAGAUUUCCAUUGUUGAAACCUUAUUCCCCAAAACUCCCACCCAUAAUGAUGUGGAUUGUAGUUUAAAUAGGGUGAUAUAUGUGAGAUAAGAGAAAAAAAGCCAAGGUACUGGUACAUGUCUUGUCAUUGUUCAGCCCCUGGAGCAGUUCAUGCUGAAGCCAGGUUUUUGGGACUCCAAAGCCAGUUGUGAAGGAGAUGAGGUGGUUCAGCUCAUAGUGCCAGAAGGGAGCAGCAGGGGUGGGCUGGGACUGGAGCUGGUGGCUGGGUCAACCUGGGAUAACUGGAUAUGAUGGGAGAGAGAGGGACAGGUGGCAUUGGCAGGACUGACCAGGGUCAGAGGCCACGUGGGUGGCUUUUAAGGUGCAAAACACUGCCUGGUGUGGAUGGUGGGAAGGAGGAGCUGUGUCUGGAGCCAGGGAGAGCAGCUGGGACACUGGGAGAUGGCCAAGCAGGAAACCUUAAUAAUGUGCUGUGCCCAUGGACUUCUGCUUGUAGCUGCCACUCCUUUGUUUUUAAACGCUUAAGCCUGCUGAAGAGCUUAUGCAUGUUCCUUUAUCUUUAGUGGGUUUAUAAACUCAUUUUCCUAGAGAAACCUUUACAACACGUAUGUUGGAGUUAGACAGUGUUGCAGCUAAGCCAUGCAUGGGUUUCAUGUGUGCUAAUGGGAGCAGGCUUCUAACCUUAGCUGAAGCUGUCUCGCUUGGACACCCAGCAGAGGGUGACAUCAGAAGUCACAGCUGGAGAUGGGGGUGCCAGAUGCUGCCCUGGGGGGAAGGCAUGAGCUGAGAUGUCAAAGGGGUGUCUGUCUCAAAAGUAUGGUCCAGUGCUCAUGGCCCUGUGCCUGGCAGAAAGGGUUAAAGAGGAGCACACCCUGUUUCCUUUGGCAUCGGUAGUUUUGCUGGUGUGUUCUUGGCUUGUAAACGGCUCUCAGAUCUUCAGGGAGCUGGGCUUUGCCCACCUAGUGGGGAUCAAGCAUGCAAUUUGGAAGUGCUGUAAUGUUUGUCAGCUUUAGCAGCUACCUGUCUGCCCCUAGUGGAGCAUGCCAUAGGAAUGGUGGGGAGGCAGGUUCCUCUGGUGUCAUCCACUUCCAUCUGCACCCAAAAGAGGGAUUCCUCUGAGAAUGCAAGAGGGUACCAUCUUGCCUGUUUCAGCUGCUCUGGUGCUUGUAAAUGUAACAGAUGAUGAGUGGGCACAGUGGGCCCAGGACAAGUUUAGUCCUUUACAUAGUCAGAUCUGAAGACCAUAGUGGGGCAUCUUUGUGAGGAACAGAGAUGAUGGAAAGCUCUCUUCCCAGUCUGUCAUCACUGGGAUCACAGAGUAGCUGUCUUCUCUAACAAAUAACUAAAAUAUUUGAAUCUGACCUCCUAAAGUUUUUAAAAGCCAGAAGGCAUCUUUUUUCAUUGGAAAGGACAUUUGAGACUCUGCUUUAAAAGGUCCCAGGCUGGUGGUGCAGGCAAGGGACGCGCUGGCCCUUGUUUACCAUGGUUCUUGAAUAGCAGCCUCUUCUCCCCACUUUUCACCUUGCCCAGACCUGAAGGGGUUACGUUUUAAAAUGAAUAAUGACUAAAUUUAUUCGUCAUGGACAAAUGAUGACAGCUGUUGAGAUGCUCCUGUUAGCACUUCCCAGGGGAUAAAGUCAGGCUGGUUGCUAGUGCAAGCCAGCCGAGCCAGGCACACUCAGCUCAUCUUCAUCCCGGAUUAUUUGUCCUGGGUUCCCCUUGCUAGUAGGGAAUUUCCUCCCUAGAAGUGAACCGAAGUUUCCUGGGCUGAAAUGGGUGUUGAUAAUGGGAAUUGUGCAGAUCUGCAGCCGUAGAGAGAGAGGACAGAGGCCAUGGCUGUUUAAAUCCACGUGUGAAGACAGCAUGCUUAAUGAAUGCGAGGGGCAAUGAUUGAUUAUGUUCUGGACUGAAAGCCGCGGCGCUCUGUGAAGCACUCUUACAUCUGGGCACGCUAUGGAAAAUAUGAAGGAAUGUUGAGGAAGCUUAUUUGCAGAAGGAUAUGUACUUAUAAAAUUUUUGAUGAUGAAGACUCCGUGGAUGGGAACAGACCUUCCUCAGCCAGCUCCUCGACAUCUUCAAAGGCCCCUGCAAACUCACGCAGAGUUGGGAUGGGCACUACCCGCAGACUUGGCUCUGCAGCCCUGGGCUCCAAGUCUUCAACAGCCAAAGAGGGAGCAGGUGCUGUGGAUGAAGAAGACUUCAUUAAGGCAUUUGAAGAUGUCCCAACAGUUCAGAUUUAUUCCAGCCGGGAUCUUGAGGAAUCCAUAAACAAGAUCAGAGAGAUCCUAUCAGAUGAUAAACAUGACUGGGAACAGAGAGUUUCUGCGUUGAAAAAGAUCCGCUCCUUACUUUUGGCUGGAGCUGCAGAAUAUGAUAACUUCUUCCAACACUUAAGGCUUUUGGACGGAGCAUUUAAAUUAUCUGCUAAAGACCUGCGCUCUCAAGUCGUACGAGAGGCUUGUAUCACCUUGGGACAUUUGUCAUCAGUUCUGGGAAACAAGUUUGACCAUGGGGCAGAAGCCAUCAUGCCAACAAUUUUUAAUCUAAUUCCAAAUAGUGCCAAAGUCAUGGCCACUUCUGGUGUUGUAGCAGUUAGAUUAAUCAUUCGACACACGCACAUCCCUCGGUUAAUACCCAUCAUAACCAGUAAUUGUACCUCCAAGUCUGUUGCAGUUAGAAGGCGCUGCUUUGAAUUUUUAGACUUGCUGUUGCAGGAGUGGCAAACACACUCCUUAGAAAGACACAUAUCAGUGUUGGCUGAAACAAUAAAGAAGGGAAUUCAUGAUGCAGACUCUGAAGCCAGGAUAGAGGCAAGAAAGUGCUACUGGGGUUUCCACAGUCACUUCAGCCGAGAGGCAGAGCAUUUGUACCACACCUUGGAGUCUUCCUACCAGAAGGCCCUGCAGUCCCAUCUGAAGAACUCUGACAGCAUCGUGUCCCUGCCACAGUCGGAUCGCUCCUCCUCCAGCUCCCAGGAGAGUCUCAACCGUCCACUGUCUGCCAAAAGAAGUCCUACUGGAAGUACAACAUCAAGAGCAUCUACAGUAAGUACAAAAUCUGUGUCAACACCAGGAUCUCUGCAGCGAUCCCGCAGUGACGUCGAUGUGAAUGCAGCAGCUAGUGCCAAGUCAAAAGUGACGUCUUCUGGAGCAUCCACCCCCUUCAGUUCUGCUGCAGCCUUGCCCCCAGGGUCAUACGCAUCACUAGAUGGUACUACCAGUAAAACUGAGGGCCGGAUUCGCACCAGGAGGCAGAGCUCUGGCAGUGCCACCAGUGUCACCUCCACGCCUGCCGAUACCCGAGGCCGCAGCCGGGCUAAAGUAGUUUCCCAGUCGCAGCGAUCCAGAUCAGCUAAUCCUGCUGGUGCUGGUAGCCGGUCUAGUUCUCCGGGUAAGCUCUUAGGAAGCUCCUAUGGUGGCCUGAGCAGUGGAACAUCCAGAGUCCAGCCAGUGCCAUCAUCCUCAGAGAAGCGCAGCAAGAUUCCUCGGAGCCAGGGAUGCAGUCGGGAGACGAGUCCCAACAGAAUAGGCCUAGCACGGAGCAGUCGUAUCCCCCGACCCAGCAUGAGUCAGGGGUGCAGUCGUGAUACCAGCCGUGAGAGCAGUCGAGAUACAAGCCCUGCUCGGGGCUUCCCUCCACUUGCUUCUCGACGUCAUUCCAGGUCCACUAGUGCUCUCUCCACUGCUGAUUCUGUUGGGCAGUCAGACCGGUUUGGACUCGGACAGCCAGGCAGGAUGCCUGCUUCUGUGAAUGCCAUGCGAGUCCUGAGCACCAGCACAGAUCUGGAGGCUGCUGUGGCUGAUGCACUGCUGUUAGGAGACUCCAGGAGCAAGAAAAAGCCAGUGAGGAGGAGGUACGAGCCCUAUGGGAUGUACUCGGAUGACGAUGCCAACAGCGACGCUUCCAGCGCGUGCUCGGAGCGCUCCUACGGCUCCAGGAACGGGGGCAUUCCGCACUACCUGCGCCAGACUGAGGAUGUGGCUGAGGUGCUCAACCACUGCGCCAGCUCCAACUGGUCUGAAAGGAAAGAAGGGCUCAUAGGUCUCCAGAAUUUACUGAAAAGCCAACGGACACUCAGCCGAGUGGAGUUAAAGAGGCUGUGUGAAAUAUUUACUCGAAUGUUUGCUGACCCUCACAGCAAGAGAGUGUUCAGCAUGUUUCUGGAAACCCUGGUUGAUUUCAUCAUCAUUCAUAAAGAUGACUUGCAGGAUUGGCUUUUUGUUCUCCUGACCCAGUUGCUAAAGAAAAUGGGAGCAGAUUUGUUGGGGUCUGUGCAGGCAAAAGUCCAAAAAGCUCUGGAUGUCACCAGGGAUUCUUUUCCAUUUGAUCAGCAAUUUAACAUUCUGAUGAGGUUUAUUGUAGAUCAGACCCAGACUCCAAACCUGAAGGUCAAAGUUGCUAUCCUGAAGUAUAUUGAGUCCUUGGCAAGACAGAUGGAUCCAACAGACUUUGUGAAUUCCAGUGAGACAAGACUUGCUGUAUCUAGAAUUAUAACUUGGACUACAGAACCAAAGAGCUCAGAUGUGAGAAAGACGAUGCAUAGUUGGGUGGGUGAGGAUUUGCCAGCUAGGACAACUACAGCCUCCUCAGGGCCUGGUGAAGGAAACUUGGAAGAGAAGUGUAAACAGGCAGCACAAAUAGUCCUGAUUUCUCUCUUUGAAUUGAACACUCCUGAGUUUACCAUGUUACUUGGUGCCUUGCCAAAAACAUUCCAGGAUGGUGCUACCAAGCUCCUGCACAACCACCUCAAGAACUCCAGUAACACCAGUGUGGGUUCCCCCAGCAAUACCCUUGGUCGGACUCCUUCCCGGCACUCCAGCAGCAGAACCAGCCCCUUAACUUCACCUACCAACUGUUCCCAUGGUGGACUGUCUCCAAGUCGGCUCUGGGGUUGGAGUGCAGAUGGGCUGUCGAAGCACCCCCCUCCCCUUUCUCAGCCUAACUCCAUCCCCACUGCUCCUUCCCACAAGACUUUCAGACGCUCUUACUCUCCCAGUAUGCUGGAUUAUGACACGGAGAACCUAAACUCUGAUGAAAUCUACAGCUCUCUUCGUGGAGUCACAGAAGCAAUUGAGAAAUUUAGUUUCCGUAGUCAAGAGGACCUGAAUGAGCCAAUCAAACGUGAUGGAAAGAAGGACUGUGACAUUGUGUCUCGGGAUGGUGGCCUUGCUCUCCCCAGUGGUGAUGUCCGUGGAAGCAGUGACAUUGUGGAAGGCGGAAGGAUGGCUCUGGAUAACAAAACCUCCCUCCUGAACACGCAGCCUCCCCGCGCCUUUUCAGGGCCCCGUGCUCGGGAGUACAACCCCUAUCCUUACGCUGACACCAUUAACACUUACGACAAGACCGCCCUGAAGGAAGCGGUGUUCGAUGACGACAUGGAUCAGCUUCGGGAUGAAGUACCCAUUGACCAUUCGGAUUUGGUGGCUGAUCUUCUGAAAGAGCUUUCCAACCACAACGAGCGGGUGGAGGAGCGGAAAGGAGCUCUCCUGGAAUUGCUAAAGAUCACAAGGGAAGAUAAUCUUGGAGUUUGGGAGGAGCAUUUCAAAACCAUUCUGCUCUUGCUGCUGGAAACGCUUGGAGACAAAGAUCAUUCAAUCAGAGCCCUGGCACUGCGAGUCCUGAGGGAGAUCCUGCGGAACCAGCCGGCGAGGUUUAAGAACUACGCGGAGCUGACUAUCAUGAAAACACUGGAAGCACACAAGGAUUCCCACAAGGAGGUUGUCAGAGCUGCUGAAGAAGCUGCUUCCACCCUGGCGAGUUCCAUCCACCCCGAGCAGUGCAUCAAGGUGCUUUGCCCCAUCAUUCAGACUGCAGAUUAUCCAAUUAACUUAGCUGCCAUCAAAAUGCAAACAAAAGUCAUCGAGAGGAUUUCCAAGGAAUCGUUGCAUCAGCUCCUACCUGAUAUCAUUCCUGGGUUAUUACAGGGUUAUGAUAACACGGAGAGCAGUGUCAGAAAAGCCAGUGUAUUUUGCCUAGUGGCUAUUUAUUCAGUAAUUGGAGAAGAACUGAAACCUCAUCUCGCACAACUCACAGGAAGCAAGAUGAAGCUACUAAACUUGUAUAUAAAGAGGGCACAGACCACCAACAGCAACAGCAGCUCCUCUUCAGAUGUUUCAACGCACAGUUAAUGGAGAUCUGUGGACAUGUGUGUAGACUUAGAAGCAAUCAACGGUGCCUCUCAGAGACCUUUCUGCUACUCUUCACUGGCGCGCUCCAUCAGCUUAAGGAGGCCAUGCAGAUAUUUAUUGCAAUCAGUAUUUUAGUCCCUUCAAAGCUUUUAUGUAGAAUCUUACUGGUGUUGAAUGUAAAGGAAGCAAGGUCUGUGUCGCAGUCUUCAUUAAAAGUGAACAUCGGAAAGCCAUACUUAAACAUAUUUGUAUAGCCUGCUGAAAUCUCAGAAAUAUGUUUAGGUUAGCAUUCUAACACUGAGUCCAAGAACCUGGGCACAUGUAAAAGUCGAACAAAUCUUGUUGGUUUAGUUGAUACCCAGUUUUGGUUUCUGUGUGUUAGUUACCUGCUCUCUCCCCUCACCCAUUCUGGCUGUGUCCUUCUCUUCUUUCAAGUCUUGUGUUCCUGUUCUGUACUCCCUGUUGCCUGACUUGCAGGGCCCUCCAUGGGGAGAUCUUUGCAGGUGUGGCUGUGAUUCCAGCUUCAGAUGCUUUAAUACUGAGAGAUACCAAGUGAGUAAUGAAAGUAGGUUCUUUUUAAACAUCUGAGUUUUGUACAUAGUUCUGACAGACCCCGGAUGGGCUGAUCUCUCUGUAACUGCUAUCCAGCCAGCUGUGCUGUGCGUAACAGCUGGGCUCUUCCUCUUUUCAUUGACUUUGUAAAUACUGUCCCCUCUCAACCCAUUUGGCUCUUUCAUAUGUUCAAAAGACUCUCCAGGUUACCUGUUGCUCCCCAAAGGGAACCCGAGACCCAGUUCUGGGACCGAUGUCUGCAAAUAGGAUAGUGGAGUUGGGUGGGUGGGAUUGGGUUAGGCUCUGAGUGUGUCAGUGGGUGGGCAGUGGGAGCUGGCAGAGCUGUACUUCAGUGCCAGCUGUUUUCCUUGAAAUCUGUAGCAUCAAAGGGCUGAUCUGCUGCUCUGACUGACCCACUGAUGCUGGAUGGCUUUGUCCCCGCAGCUCCUUUGCACUUUGGGCAAAAUGUUCAUCCCAGAGGACAGAAAGGGUGUCUGAAUCUGAACAGAAAUACCACAUGGAAGCACCUCUGAGCCAGCUGGGACAGUGCUGGUUGCCUGCCACAGCCCCUCCUAUUCCUGAAGACCCUGCAGUGCUGUUAACUGCCUUUAGAAGCCUCCUUUGUGCCAUCUCCAUGCACAGGCUUGCUGAGUGCUCUGCAUUUCAGAAGAGUGGGGGUCCCUCACUGGGCACUGCUGGCAGCAGGGUGCUCCGGGUGAGGUGUUUGCAGCCUAAUGACACAGACCAGGUCAGAGGCAAACCAGCAGCAAUCAAAUACCCCACAGCACUGCCCUUCCCUGAACAGAGACCCUUCUUUCUGCAAAGGGGGAGCUCCCCCUGGCUCUGUCUGUAAACAGGGAAGGCAGGAGGUUGCUAAUUAACAUGCUGUGUUUGGCCCUGGGCUGGAUCCUGGCUGAUGGGCAUGCCCACCCCAAACCUGCCCUGGAUCCCAGCUGGGGUUUUGCCUCCAGUGCCAGUGAUGCAAGAGGAUGAUGGACUUGCAGCUUAUGGCUGCAUCUGUGGUGAUGGAUGUGUUCCCUGGCUGCUCUCAGUGCCCUGGAGUCUCUCCAGCUUUAGGGAGCUGCGGGGACAUCUUGGGAGCAUACUGAGAACAUGAGACUCCAUUACUGCAGCAGGGGAGGGUAAAGCCCCUUCCAUCAAUUAUCCCUCUGUGUUUCAACCCCAUCCCUGAGGAGUUAAGCUGGGAGCUGACACUUGGUGCCAGCUUUUCUCCCAGUUCUCUUCUCAGGAGGGAUUGGGGCUGGUGGGGGACUAUGUGUCACUGGGCUGUAAAGCUUGUUGGUCCCUUUCCCUGCUCACCUGAGAGCAGGAGAGGUGACCUGCUCCUGGUACACACGUGUGCAGGCUUUUGCUGGCUGCAGGGCUCAGCAAAUUCCCUCAUCUUUCCCAACCAGUAAUGCUAUGGCAGGAGAAACCGUGUGCUUUCCUGGGGUGGGGGAUUCCCCCAGGGUCUUUCUGCAGGCUCAGAAAAGCCAUCCUCACUAAAGGGGGGAGAUUGGCUGCUCCAUGAUUCAUGUCUGCCUUUCUCUGGACCAUUUUUUUCCACAUCUUUCUGUAUGCUUGUUAGAAUGCUCUUUUAAAAAUUUUUUGAAUGCUUCAAAUUUGAUUUUAACACAAAUUUAUUUUUCCUUUUGAGGAAAUACUCAGUUGACUUGUUGGCAGCAGUUAAGCUGUCUUGUUUGAAUUUUUAGUAGUGGGCUAGGUUUUUUGGGGGGGUGUUGGUUUUUUGUUUUGGGUUUUUUUUUAAAUUGUGCUCUUAACUGCUUAGUAUUUAUGCCUCUCUUUCUCCCCAUCUCAGCUCAGCAUCUUCUGUUCCAGUUCUGGGGUUCAGAAGGUCAGCAUAGCUGACCAGGUGGUGUUAGUCCCUCCCAGCUGUGAUGGAGCUUGGUCUAUCAUCAUUUGCUGUUUGUUGGUUUUGAUUUUUUUCCUUUCCAUUGAAUGGCACACUGUAGCAAAUCUCCAGGAAUCAAAUUCCUUCCCAAAUGAUUUUAUAGGCUUUAUAAAAUCCUGUCGGUAUGCACUGAGAGUGAACGCACUGUAACGUCCCCGGCCGGGGUCCCAGCUCGUCCUCGAGAGGCGCCUGCGGCCAGCCUGCGCUUCCCGAGCCCCUGGCACCAGAGGGGCUGCAGGGGGAAUCAGCCUGACUUCCUGAAUCAGAUUCAGUUCUGUUCAUCAACAGAUGCUCAUUAAUGUGCUACUUAAUUGCAUUGCGUGAGCUGAGGACUGUCCAUCUUUGAGUACUCUAGGGUAUGUUCUACCUGGACACAGUAGGAGCAUUCUGCUUAGGUAUUUAUAAAUCAUCAAUGUACAUAGUAGGGUCGUUUAGUAUGUUGAACAUGACCCAGUUUUUAUUUUGUGUUUCCUUUGAAGUGCUCAAAGGGCUAGCUCUGAAUGUCACCUCUCUGAUCUCCAGUUUUGACUUCAACAAGCUGUACAAUCAUCUUGUUUUCUCUUCAGCAAGCAUAAAGGUCUCUCUGGCUACAAAUCACAGUGUCCACGCACGCUUGCAGAGGAAGGUCUGCAUGCUGCAGUGCCUCACUGCUCCGGUGAAGCUUGUGUUCACCUUCUCCUGGCAGUAGCCACCUACUGCAGCUGCCUUUUUUUUUUCUUGCUGCCCAUUAUGCAGGGCUUCAAUUUUUCGUACCUUUAAAAAAAAGGAAAAAAAAAAAAAAAAGAAAAAAAAAAGAAAAAAGUGUAUUUUCUUUGCCCACCAUGCUUUAAAAAUCUGAAUGGGAGAAAACUCUCAGCAGACAGCAGCUCUUGGCUGCAAGGUUGCUGAAAUCUCAGAUGUGGAUGUUUUUUCUGCCAUUGGCUGCACCAGUGCUCCGUGGGCAUGGGCAAAUCCCGGCUCCAUCUGCCCCACAGGUCUACGUACUGUAGUUCUCAUGUAGUUCAGAAAUACCGAGGCAUGUGGCUUUCUUAAGGUACACUAUGUGUGCUUGCCUGGAUUACAAUACAAUACAAGACUGUCUUUUUAAUUGCUUAUUACUAGCUUACCAAUAACCUGUAUAAGUAAUGUAACUUGCAUCUUUGUCAUCAGAACCUUUUCUCCCCACCCCUUUAUUUAUCAAGCAUAAUAUUACAUAUUAAGGGACAGAAAAAUAGACCUUUGUAGUACACAGCAGGACAUUGCUAACAAUGUUUUAAAUGGGAAGUAAAAAACGCUCUGAAAAAUGCCAGCCAUGAGAAAUGACUUUGUUGGCACCGUGUUCAUGCGCAUGUAUUUUUUUCUAUUUUUUCCGCUUUUGUCAUGUUACAUCCAUAUCUGUAUUUAUAUCUUAUUUGUUUCACUUUUGAGUGUAUCAUGGCAAUUGUACAGAUGUUUUUUGUUAACAUUUACGUGAUAGAAUUUGCUAAAAAAAAAAAAUUAAAAUAAAACCUUUUGAGUUUGCCCUAGA